UUUGACUGCAAAAUCGCCAAAAGAAAAAAGAAAAAUUCCAAAGGAAAUCGGAGAUGGCUUUAUCACGACUUUCUCUGCGAUCUAACGGGUUCCUUAAACCGGCGGCCACCGCUUUGCCUUCAGCCAUCCGCCGCCAUGUUUCCACAGACUCAUCGCCGAUCACAAUCGAAACCGCCGUCCCUUUCACUGCGCAUCUAUGCGAUGCGCCGUCACGCUCCGUCGAGACCUCGUCGGAGGAGAUCCUCGCGUUUUUCCGCGACAUGGCUCGGAUGCGGAGGAUGGAGAUCGCCGCCGAUUCCCUCUACAAGGCGAAGCUGAUCCGCGGGUUCUGCCACUUGUACGACGGUCAGGAGGCUUUAGCCGUCGGGAUGGAGGCGGCGAUUACGAGGAAGGACGCGAUUAUCACGUCGUAUCGAGAUCACUGCACUUUCGUGGGUCGUGGUGGAGAGCUUGUCGAUGCCUUCUCCGAGCUUAUGGGAAGGAAAAGAGGUUGCUCUAAUGGUAAAGGAGGAUCUAUGCAUUUCUACAAGAAGGACGCUUCGUUUUACGGUGGACAUGGGAUCGUUGGUGCUCAGAUUCCGUUGGGAUGUGGUUUGGCUUUUGCUCAGAAGUAUUCCAAGGAAGAGAAUGUGACUUUUGUAUUGUAUGGUGAUGGUGCUGCGAAUCAGGGUCAGUUGUUUGAGGCCUUGAAUAUUGCGGCUCUUUGGGAUUUGCCUGCGAUUCUUGUCUGCGAGAAUAACCAUUAUGGAAUGGGAACGGCUACAUGGAGGUCGGCUAAGUCUCCAGCCUAUUUCAAGCGUGGAGAUUAUGUUCCUGGCUUGAAGGUGGAUGGUAUGGAUGCGCUGGCUGUGAAACAGGCAUGCAAGUUCGCCAAGGAGCAUGCUCUCAAGAAUGGACCUAUUAUUCUUGAGAUGGACACCUACAGAUACCACGGUCACUCUAUGUCUGACCCAGGAAGCACAUACCGUACACGUGAUGAAAUAUCCGGCGUGAGACAGGUGCGUGAUCCUAUUGAAAGGGUGCGAAAGUUGCUCUUAUCUCAUGACAUAGCUACAGAAAAAGAGCUUAAGGACAUGGAGAAAGAGGUGAGGAAAGAAGUAGAUGACGCCGUAGCUCAGGCCAAGGAGAGCCCGGUACCAGAACCAUCUGAGCUAUUCACAAACAUGUACGUGAAAGACUGCGGAGUUGAGUCAUUUGGAGCAGACAGAAAAGACCUCAAAGUAACACUUCCAUAAACCUUGCUCUGCAGUAGCUGACACUUGAAUAAAUCAAAAAGCAAGGCCACAUUUUUAUCUUGAAAUAUUUUUGGUUUUCAUUUUCAUUUUCUAAUGUAAAGCCAUUGCUUCACUUUGCCAACCUUUUUUUUUCCCCUUUUAUACAUUUGGUAUUGACACUAAAGCAAGAAAUGCUUUGGACAUCAGUCUCUUUCUCUAUAUGUGAGAUAGAUAAGUGAAGCGAGAAGAGAUGAUCAUUUUCUUUGUCUGU